CCAACUCCUACCCCUACCCCUACCCCCUCGCCUUCUCCCUCCCCAGCUCCUUCCACUGGAGGCUACAUGGAUGUAGUCGCUGAGUGGCGCGCCAAGCUCGGCCUCAGCGCGCUCGAGUUCUCCGCUGAGCUCGAGUCCAACGCUCUCAAUGUCGUCAUUGAGGGUAACGGUAAAAUGGUGCACAAGCUCAACAAGGGCACCUUUGGCCAGGUCCUCGCCCCCGGCGACGCCGACAAGUUCGAGUACGUCUUCGUCGGUGGAUGGCUCUGCGAGAUGGCCAACCUCCCCGGCCUCGGCGAUGCCUGCGCGCAGUUCUCCAAGGGCUGGGACUACCAGGGCCAGACUGGCCACGCCGAGAUCCUCACCUCGCCCAACUACUCCAAGAUUGGUUGCAGCAACAGGGAGGGUAUCUGGUGCUGCGAUCUCGCU